AGGCAAUAAAAGUGGAAGAGCAGCACUAUAAGUGUAGUGCGAUAAAUAUGGGAAGGCCUUGGCCCUUGGGUUGGCUGUAAUGGUGGCUCCGCCUGAGGAAGGCUGGGCCUUUUAGCCAAGAAGCCCUUCGGCCUCGUCGUUGUCUCCUAGACAGUCCUCCUCAGUCUUAAGCCUCCCCUCCUCAGAGGCCUCAAAAUGGCGGCGUCGGGGCGCCUGGAUCCGGCCUCGGCGUGCAGCGCGGACUCCUUCCAGCUCCGCCACCUCCACCUGGACCUCCGCGUGGAGUUCGGGCCCAGGGCCGGCUCUGGGUCAUUACGAGGCUCGGUCCGGCUGGAGCUGACCUGCUUAAAGGACCAAGCCAGCCAGCUCCUCCUGGACUCCCAUCCCAGCCUGGAAGUGGAGGGAGCCUCCAUCCCUUCUGGAGGAGGAGGAGGAGCAUCAGGAGGGAGCCCCCUCGCCUUCCAGGAGGCCCCCUUCGCCAGCUACGGCUCCGCCCUGAGCCUGGCUUUGCCCGAACCGGUGGCCGCGGGGGACUCCCUGGUGGUGGAGGUGGCCUACCGAGGCGGAGAGGGGCCUGGGGUGUGUUGGCUUACUCCUGAGCAGACAGCAGGGAAGCAGAGGCCCUAUAUGUAUACUCAAGGCCAGGCUGUCCUGAAUAGGUCCUUUUUCCCUUGCUUUGACACCCCUGCAGUUAAAAGUACAUUCUCGGCUGUUAUAAAGGUACCUGAUGGUUUCACAGCUGUGAUGAGUGCAAUUACACAAGAAAAGCAGAAGGACAACACUUUCUUCUUCAAGAUGCCUCAGCCCAUUCCAUCCUAUUUGAUUGCCUUGGUUGUUGGUGACAUUGUUUCAGCUAAAGUGGGACCUAGGAGUCAUGUAUGGGCUGAGCCCUGCCUGAUUGAGGCUGCAAAAAAAGAAUAUGAUGGUGUGAUUGAAGAGUUUCUUACUACUGGAGAGAAGCUUUUUGGACCAUAUGUCUGGGAAAGGUAUGAUGUUCUGUUUAUGCCCCCCUCAUUUCCUUUUGGGGGGAUGGAGAACCCCUGUAUCACCUUUGUGACCCCAUGCCUCUUGGCUGGUGAUCGUUCCCUGGCAGAUGUCAUCAUCCAUGAGAUCUCGCACAGCUGGUUUGGGAAUCUAGUCACCAAUGCCCAUUGGGGGGAGUUCUGGCUGAAUGAAGGCUUCACCAUGUAUGCACAAAGGAGGAUCACCACAGAACUGUAUGGUGCUGCUUACACCUGCUUGGAAGCCGCUACAGGAAGGGCUUUGCUUCGUCAGCAUAUGGACAACACUGGGGAAGAUCAUCCUCUCAACAAACUCAGGGUGACAAUAGAACCAGGUGUUGAUCCUGAGGACACAUAUAAUGAAACACCCUAUGAGAAGGGCUACUGCUUUGUUUCCUACCUUGCCCACUUGGUUGGGGAACAGAGCAAGUUUGAUGCAUUCUUACAGGCUUAUGUGAAUCACUUCAAGUUUCAGAGCAUCACAGCUGAUGAGGCUCUGGAAUUCUACCUGAAGUAUUUCCCAGAUUUGAAGAAGCAAGGAGUGGAUAUCAUUCCAGGUUUUGAGUUUGAUCGGUGGCUGAACACUCCAGGCUGGCCCCCAUACCUUCCUGAUCUUUCACCUGGAGAGGAGCUGAUGAAGCCAGCUGAGAAACUGGCAGAGCUCUGGGCAUCUUCUGACCAUGACAUGAAGGCAAUUAAAGCGGUAGAUAUAUCUGCUUGGAAAACAUACCAGUUGGUCUACUUCCUGGAUAAGAUCUUGCAGAAAUCCCCUUUGCCAGAUGGGAACAUUGAGAAGAUGAGUACCAUGUACCCCAAAAUCUCCAAAGCAGAGAAUGCAGAGCUGCGUCUUCGUUGGUGCCAGAUCCUUCUAAAGAAUAAUCAUGAGGCUGAGUUUGGCAAAGUGAAAAACUUCCUUCAGAGCCAGGGGAAGCAGAAGUACACCCUUCCCAUAUACCGGGCUAUGGUGAAUGGUUCAGAGACUGCUCGAGCACUGGCUGUGGAAGCAUUUUCUGCCACUGCUCCUCAACUCCAUGUGAACGUCCAGAACUAUGUCAAAAAGAUCUUGGGAUUGAAGACAAAAGAAAGCUAAGAGGAAAAAUACAAAGCCAAAGAACUCUAUUGUUUGAGCUUCAGCAGACGAAUGUGUAACGUGGUGGUGAGGCUAGCUGUCAAAUGCUAUUUCCAAGCUUCAUGGGGUCAUGUCCUGCAGUCUCUGCGGUCCACCCUUUUCCUCAGGAAUUGGAUUAAAAUGCUGGAAAUUUCUGGGCUCUCUCAGAAAGUGUUUCUUCUUCAUGGAUAACUUGAUGGUUAUUUCCCUUCUUUUUUAAAAUUCUGUAAAGAUAAAUGUAACAUUAUAUGCACAAUAUUUUGAUGCGUAUGUUUCCAAUACAUCAAAGUAAAUUAAACCCAUUAAUACCACUUUAGUUGUUUUCAGUAAAAACAGCUACUGAUUGUUACAGAAGCUGUUGCAUUUUUAUCUGUCUCUCUUAGCCUGCAAAUAACACUCUCACUGUACUCCCCCAUCCUUGUGUAAUUAUUAAAUUAUUAGUUGAAUCCUUA